AUGUCCACUCCUGCUACUCCGGCUACUUCCCACUGCUCCAAUGCCUUCAAGGCGGAAGACGAUUCUCUAGGAAUCCGCGACCUCGAAUUGUGCGAGCCGGUCAAAAACUACUCCUUGCAGGCGGGCUUUAAUACCCCAGAGCAAAUGAAGAUCUCGGUAACCGGAGCAAUGAACAACCUGCAUAAGUUUACUCAGGGAGAAACCAAGCUCAAGAUCGCCGGUAUGGUAUUCCAGACAAUGAGCAAGGGUUAUGUCCUUUUGGAAGGUCAUGACUGUGACAAGAACUACGCCAACUUGCAAAGACCCUUGCUUGGCAAAUUCAAGAGGUUUGACAAUUUCUUACCGGAUCACUGGCAAAUCGACUUUGUCGUCAAAUUCAAGAAGGCAACGGACAAGAAGGCAACGGAGGUUGCAGAAAAAAUUGGAGGUGAUGCUCAAAGGUGCGAUCUCAAGCACAAAGGGCGGACGUUGAUGCUGCAGAUCUCUGCCGCUCGUUUCAACCUUGACGACACAUUCAAGAGCCAUCUGUUCACCAUUGAGAACGAAAUCACUCGAAUCAUCCCUGCCAAUGCGCCCAAAAAACUCAUCGGACAAUACACCAAGGAGGAGAUCUUGGGCAUGAAGCGAGAACAGAGCAAGAACAGCCAUGUGGCCGAUCUGCCUGAGUCAAAGAAACUCCCUCCGAGCAUCAGCUUCUCCCCGUCUCUCCCUCCGAGAAUCAGCUUCGCCCCGUCGGAGCUGCAGCGCUACAUCAGGCCCAAGCCGUCGUUGCUGCUGCCUUUGUCGCAGGAGGUCUUUGUCCCCUUGCACGGUAUGCCAUCUUACCCGGGACCGUCAUCGAUCACUGCUCCUUUGAAGCUGGCGUCGAGUCCUACCCCUGAUACCGCCGUUGAAGUCAACAAGGACAUCAAGAAAUUGCUCAAGGCCAGUCCCUUGAAGCCCUCAAAGCCCUCGAAGCCGCCCAUCAACAGGCAGAUCGUGAUCCAGAUGUUGGAUGAUGACAUCGAUGCACUUGAGGUUGAGAAAGAGGCAAAUUGCUAA